AUGGAUCGUCAACAGAGAAGCCAACCUUCUUCUUCCGAAGGAAUCGAAAGAAGGAUCGUAGAAAAAAACAGGAGAAACCAUAUGAAGAACCUCUAUUCCUGUCUCAACUCUCUUCUCCCUAACUAUAAUCCCAUGGAAGUGAUAGCGGUGCCCGAUCAAAUAGAUGAAGCUAUCAACUACAUCAGAAGCCUAGAGACAAAGGUGAAGAUGAUUCAGGAGAAGAAAGAAAGCUUAAUGGCAAGGAAGAGAACUCUAAGUGGUUGCUCGAGUUCACAAGGUAGCCAAAAAUCGCCAAAAAUCGAGGUUCAUGAAAUGGGUUACUCGCUUGAAGUGAUUCUAACAUGCGGGUUUGAUAACCAGUUUAUUUUCUAUGAAAUUAUUCGAAUAUUGCAUGACGAGAACGUCGAGGUCAUAUCUGCCAAUUAUUCAAUGGCUGGAGAUUCAGUGCUUCAUAUCUUGCACGGGGAGAUUCCGCAAUCUUACUUUCAAUUUGGAGCGACCAAAGUAAGUGAGAGGUUGAAAGGGUUUGCGAACGGAUCCCUCGGUGAUGUGGAAAUAGAUAGAUGCAGAAAUGUGGGAUUUUGA